GGGAACUCCCCACAUUUCCUAUUCUGUUUUUGGACAUAGUUCCCCCUUUUCCAUCUUAAAAUUUGCUUCUCAGCGAUUUCUGUCUAACUCGAGUUAGAUUCCCGGGGACGUUUGUGCUGGUCUUUAAGGGUAUUCUCCGACCACCCUGGUUCGGGGGUUUCCACAGCAGGUUCCUCCGGAAGCCUUCGAGGUCAGCAGAUGCGGGCUCAGCAAGAGGGACCAGGCUCGGGAGUCGGAGCCUGGGAUCAUUUGGGAGCCCGAGCUUAGGCGAGGUUCUCAGUUCUGACAAUCGCCUGCAGGUUCUGGGUUCUGUGGCCAAGGUGGGUCGGGGAGCGGAAGCAGCCUUGCCUUGGUGCAGCUCUUGGGCAGGCAACUGGUCUGGCCUGGGGGUGGGGAGGUGAAGAGUGGCUCGCCUGGGUGAGGCGUCCCAGGGAGUCCUUAGCUAUCCAUCCUUCCCUUGGCCUCGCGCCCCUUUCCCAUCCCGGAGUCCCAGUCCCUUCCUAGGAGGAGAGGGAGCCCAGCCCACGCAGUACCUGCCAGAAGGAGAUCCCACCCACUCCCCGGCCAUUGGAUGGAGUCCAGCAACUCCGAUAAUCUAUUGGUAGUUGGUGCUGUCCCUCAGGCGAGCCCCCAUUUGGAUCCUCCCAGCCUGAAGAGUCUGAGAGCCGGGAGGAAACUGGCGAGAGUAGAGAAUCUUUAAAGCCGUCGGCGUCCCAGCCCAGCUCAUUUCUGCCUGCCCCGGCAGAGUCGCGGCCCGGGGAGAAGGCGCCCACAAGGACCUCUCGGCUUCAUCUCCCCGGCUAGCCCAGGUCACGCUCGCUCCGCAGCCAAGUUGGGCAGAGACGAGCUGGGGCUGCCGGCCCCAUGGAGGCGACUCUCCAGUGCCUGUGGGUUUGCGCCCUCCUAGGUUCCGGGGUAGCCAACUUCCUGCAGGAUGAAUGUCGUAUCAAACAGGAAAUAGAGUCCCAGCAGGAAAAGUGCUUUUCAUAUGAACAAAUGGAAAAUGAGACUGAAGGCUGUCAGGCGAUGUGGGACAAUAUCACAUGUUGGCCACCAGCUGCCUUGGGCCAGUUGGUCAUUAUACCUUGCCCCAAGGUCCUUGAACUCUUUUUCAAGAGUUCAUUUCAUGGUGGUAAUGUGAGCAGAAACUGCACCAUGGAAGGAUGGACAGGCAUUGCCCCAGCUCCCUACCCUAUUGCCUGUGGCCUUGAUAUCAACUCUACAUUCCAUGAUGAGGAAUUUUUCUUUGGCACUGUCAAGACUGGAUACACCAUUGGCCACAGCCUCUCCCUUAUCGCACUCAUCACAGCCAUGGUCAUCCUGUGUAUGUUCAGAAAACUGCACUGCACCCGGAACUACAUCCACAUGCACCUGUUUACAUCCUUUAUCCUUCGGGCAAUUGCUGUCUUCAUCAAAGACAUCGUCCUCUUCCAAGACAGCGACUAUGACCAUUGCUCCUCUGGCCCGGUCAGCUGCAAAGCUACUAUGGUGUUCUUCCAGUACUGCAUUAUGGUGAACUUCUUCUGGCUGCUAGUAGAGGGCUUCUACCUUCACUCCCUGCUUGCCAUUUCCUUCUUCUCUGAACGGAAAUACUUCUGGUGGUACAUCCUCACUGGCUGGGGUGUCCCUGGUUUGUUCAUCACUGCAUGGACACUCACCAGACUCUAUUUGGAAAAUACUGGGUGCUGGGAUAGCAUUAACUCUCCAUACUGGUGGAUCAUCAAGACACCCAUUUUGAUCUCAAUAUUGGUGAACUUCAUUUUUUUCGUCUGCAUCAUCCGAAUUCUGGUUCAGAAGCUACAACCCCCAGACAUGGGGAGAAAUGAGAGCAGCCAAUAUUCGAGAUUGGCCAAAUCAACAUUGUUGCUGAUCCCGCUCUUUGGGGUGCACUAUACUGUGUUUGCCUUCUUCCCAGACAACUUUAAGAAAGAAGUGAAGUGGAUCUUUGAGCUUGUUUUGGGCUCUUUCCAGGGCUUUGUGGUAGCUGUCCUCUACUGCUUCCUCAACGGGGAGGUCCAGGCAGAGUUCAAACGUAAAUGGCGACGGUGGCACCUGGAACGAUUCUUGGGCCCAGAUGUCAAGUACCACCACCCAUCUGUGGGCAGCAAUGGCUCCAACUUCAGCACACAGAUCUCCAUGCUGACACGGACCAGCCCCAAGGACCGACGCUCCUCCAGUUUCCAAGCUGACUUUUCACUAGUCUGACCGGGGUACCUCUCAUUAACCCUCCCAUAUCUAUCAGAGUAUUGGUCGCAGCAAAGACCAGGCAAAAGGCACCAAAGAUAAGACUGUAACAUGGAGAAAAGCUUGCCUCACACAGAAUGCCUCUUUGGUUCUUCUGCUCUGUUAGAAUCCUCUGAUUGGCUUCCAGAGGCAUAGCUAGCCCAUGGUCUAGAAGGUCAAACAUUCUUGGAGUUCUCCAGGCUUAUCUGGGUCCUAUCCCAUGAGCUGUUCCCAUCCUAGUCCUCAAACUCAGGGAGCUGCCAUAGCUCAACUGAUAGGGGGCCAUGAGAGAAGGAUAAGUGGGAAGGGUUCAGGUCUUUGGGAAGCUCACAAACUCCUUUCCGGCCCUGGCAAGUCUAUGCAGCUCCUGGAGGAAAUGGCUGGACAGGUCGAGAGAACGGUUCCCUCUUCUGGGAUCCAUGUCCUUCCUUUUGCCUGUCACAGGCGGUGAGAACAAACUGCCCUUUGGCAAAAAGAAUCUGGGCAAAGGCAGAAGUGUGACACAUGUGUGUGGGAUAGAGUUAUCUAAAACACAUGGCAGAACAAGGAAAUCAGCCCUUCUCCGUUUCAUUGCUGAGGCACUGGGAAGAGGGCCAAAGACUGAGACUGAGGAAGUCUAGAUACACCUCCCCACAGAUGAAAGGAGGAGAGUAUGGAUACUUCUUUUUGGGCUUCUUGGGCUUCCAUUAUUUCAGAAAAGAGGAAGGGGUUGUGGAGGAUAAGGAAUGGACAAACAUGCUUGAAGAUGUCACAUUCAGUGUGGGGGAGGGAAAAGAGUCCUGGAUUCAAAGUUAGAAGAUAAGGGUUUGUAACCUAGAUGUUACUUACUAGUUCUAUAGCUCUAAGUCAGUCACCUCCCUUUUCCCAGUCUGUUUCUUCAUUUGUAAAUGGAUUAAUAAUACUUGUCACCUACCUCACAGGGCUGUUGUAAGAAUUAAGUGAAAUGAUGUAUGUGCAACUCUUUGUAACCAAAAAGUAAUAAGGAAAUAUAAGCUAUGGUUAUUAUUAUC